GCAAAAGCCCUCCGCGAAAAGCUACAGUCGCGCCCGGGUCCUGCCGGGGAAGAGACAUGGCUGCAGAGCAACGCAAGCGGGACUCGGUGGGGAUGCGGAUGGAGGGAUGCCGGACGAACAACGGCUUCGUGCUCAAUGAGGACAUCGCGGAGCCGGACCCGUGCGAGCCGGGCAGCUCCCGGGACCCUCCGCAGCCUAACGCCGCCGCGGCCGUGAGCGUCACCGCGAGCCCCGAGCCCGGCGCGCAGGAGCCCUACGCGGGCAUGCCCAAGGAGGUGCUGUUCCGCUUCUCGGGGCGCGCGCGCUACCGCGUGCCCCGCGAGCUCCUCUUCUGGCUCGUCGUGGUGGCCGUGUGCCUGCUGGUCGCCGCCACCGUGACCAUCAUCGCCGUCUCCCCCAAGUGCCUGGACUGGUGGCAGGCGGGCGCCAUGUACCAGAUCUACCCGAGGUCUUUCAAGGACAGCGACAAGGAUGGGAACGGAGACCUGAAAGGUAUUCAAGAGAAACUGGACUACAUCACUACUUUAAAUGUAAAGACUGUCUGGAUUACUUCCUUUUAUAAGUCAUCCCUAAAAGAUUUCAGAUAUGCUGUUGAAGAUUUUCAAGAAGUUGAUCCUAUUUUUGGAACGAUGAAAGAUUUUGAGGAUUUGGUUGCAGCCAUACAUGAUAAAGGUUUAAAAUUAAUAAUCGAUUUCAUACCAAAUCACACAAGUGAUAAACAUACUUGGUUUCAGUUGAGUAGAACGCGGACUGGGAAAUAUACGGACUAUUACAUCUGGCAUAAUUGCACUCAAGAAAAUGGCAUCACUAUACCUCCCAACAACUGGCUAAGUGUGUAUGGAAACUCGAGUUGGCACUUUGACGAAGUACGGAAGCAAUGUUAUUUUCACCAGUUUUUGAAAGAGCAACCUGACUUAAAUUUCCGAAAUCCUGCUGUUCAAGAAGAAAUAAAAGAAAUAAUGCAGUUCUGGCUGGCAAAAGGUGUUGAUGGCUUUAGUUUCGAUGCUGUUAAAUUUCUUCUGGAAGCUGAGAGUCUGAGAAAUGAGAUUCAAGUAAAUCAAUCACAGAGCCCGGACACCGUCACUAACUACUCACAGCUGUACCAUGACUUCACGACCACGCAAGUGGGAAUGCAUGACAUUAUCCGGGACUUCCGGCAGACCAUGAACCAGUACAGCAGGGAGCCGGGUAGGUACAGGUUCAUGGGGACCGAAGCCUCCACAGAGAGCAUCGGCAGGACCAUGAUGUACUAUGGGCUGCCAUUUAUCCAAGAAGCAGACUUCCCUUUCAACCACUUCCUUGCCAUGCUCAACACUCUUUCCGGGAACAACGUAUAUGAUGCUAUUACAUCCUGGAUGGAAAACAUGCCGGAAGGGAAAUGGCCUAAUUGGAAGACUGGAGGACCAGACACCAGCCGGCUAACUUCUCGCCUGGGAAACCAGUACGUCAAUGCCAUGAACAUGCUGAUUUUUACGCUCCCAGGAACUCCCAUAACUUAUUAUGGAGAAGAAAUAGGAAUGGGAAAUAUUUUAGUUACAAAUUCCAAUGAAAGCUACAAUACUAAUACCCUUGCCUCAAAGUCACCAAUGCAGUGGGACAACAGUUCAAAUGCCGGGUUUUCUGAAAGCAACUACACCUGGCUACCCACCAAUUCUGAUUACCACACAGUGAAUGUGAAUGUUCAAAAGAUGGAGCCCAGUUCGGCUUUGAAAUUCUAUCAAGACUUAAGUAAACUUCAUGCCAGUGAGCUGCUGCUCAGCAGGGGCUGGUUCUGCUUGCUGAGGAAUGACAGCCACGCUGUAGCAUACACGAGACAGAUGGACGGCAUAGACAGGGUCUUCAUUGUGGUUCUGAAUUUUGGAGAGUCGUCAAUGCUGCUGAAUCUCCAGGACAUGAUGGCAGGUCUUCCUACAUGGCUGCCAGUAAGGCUGAGUACCAAUCCUGCCUCCAAAGGCAGCAAAGUGGACACGCGUGGCGUUCCCCUGGAGCGGGGCGAGGGACUCAUCUUGGAACAUAACACCGACAGUCUCCCGCACCACCAAGCAGCUUUUAGAAACAAAUGCUUUGUUUCCAACAGAGCUUGCUACUCCGGCGCACUGGACCUGUUGUACAGCCUGUGUUAGGGUCCUCUACCAAGAAGGCCCUGGCAUUCACUACUACCUUAGUGUUAUGUACAGACAGCAUGCUGCUGAGUACAUUUUGUGAAUGGUCAUUAAUUCUUAGGCAUUUUUGUAGUAUGAAUGUAACUGCUAAUAUUUGAAGGAUUAUAAUAAAAUGUCUAAAAAAAAAAACCUUG